AUGGUCGUGGACGUGGUCGUGCCUGCGGCCAUUAGGUUCGCCUGCAUGUUUGACACGUGUGCAUGUGUGCACUGGUGCUCGGGACAGCGAGCACUUCCACCCAACGUCACUGAUGAUGUGUUUGAGCAUUAUUUGACUGGUAAAGGUUUUACCAAGAUAUUUGACGGAAAAAAAAUACGGCAGCAAACAGACCACAGGCGCUCGUCUCCUCUACCUCUCGCCCACGAACUCCUCGCCGCCGCCGCCACCUGCGCCGGCCGCUUCCGGCGACCUCCGACGCCGUGCAGCACGCUCCCCGAGCUCCUCACGGUCCGAGCCUCCCUCCCCUCCGACCAGAUUCUCCGCUCCCGUCCUCUACCGCCCGCUUGCAACCCCACCCACGUGGCUAGGGUUCCGGGCAGGGCUUCGCCGGCUCGUCUCCGGCGGCCCCAGUUAUUUGGCUCAUCGUCGUAUUGCAAGUUUCUGACAUCGCUGUACACUGUUGACGUCGCCGGAAAUCCGUCUGCACGUACUCCACUGUCCGCCGGAACUUUGUCCGACCUGAGACCAAUGCUAUAUGGUUCCACUCUACAUCUCUGUAGUUAAUUGGCUUAAGGUAUACAUAAUUGGUUGGCUCUGAAAAUAUAUAUAGCAAGUCUUCAUAUUAUAACAGCUUGAAGAGGUUCACAAAAAAUGGUACAGGAGUUGCAACAGUCUUGAUCAAAUAUUUUGCAUUUCUUCAUAGAGGGAGUUCUGUAUGUUCUUUAGUAUAUGCUCUGGGAGUCUGAACAAUUUAGUGACUAGAAGGGUCAUGACAUUGCUUUUCCAUGUCCUUCAGUUUUUCCAUUCGAGUUGGCUACCUGAAUUCCACUAUGUUAAUUCAUUCUUGUGCAAUUUCUCAUUGGUGUUCAUGUA